GGGCGAGCCGUCAUUGUCGUUCUCGCCGUAACAAAGGACACGGUCGCGAGUGAAUAUGUCGCGAGUAGCGGGAAGCUCUCCUGCGAGAGCCGCAAACAAAGGCGAGCAGCAGCAACAGCAACAGCAACAGCAGCAGCAGCAAGAAUUCCCAUUGGGUCUGGAUAAAGACGCCAGCGAGCACAGCAUCUCCAGCAUGAUGUCGUGCGUGUCUAUCUCGCCGAAGCACGCGGAAAGUAGCCUCCGGGUCAUGGAGAAUUAUCUGCACAAGCAACAGCUGACAGACGUCACGCUGAUCGCGGGAAAUAAGCGUGUUCCAGCUCAUCGAUUAGUACUCAGUGCUGGUUCUGAAUAUUUUGCUGCUAUGUUUACAAGCUCUCUACGAGAGUCAGCACAAAAUGAAAUAGAAUUAAUGGAUGUUGAUGGCGAUGCGUUAUGGGCUUUGGUUCUUUAUUGUUAUACAGGUUGCAUAGAAUUACAGGAGGAUAGCGUAGAGACUCUACUCGCAACAGCAUGUUUAUUACAAUUAAAUCCAGUUAUUAAAGCCUGCUGCCAAUUUCUUGUUAAACAACUCCAUCCCAGCAACUGUCUGGGCAUACGGAUGUUUGCUGAUACACAAGGCUGUUCGGAAUUAUUUGAACACGCGCACGCAUAUACUACCAAACAUUUCAUGGAAGUUACAAAAAAUCAAGAAUUUUUACUAUUAUCUGCCAACGAAGUUGCGAAAUUACUGGAAUCCGAGGAUCUUAAUGUUCCUUCAGAAGAAACUAUCUUUCAUGCUUUAGUGACUUGGCUGGAACAUGACUCAGAAAACAGAAGUAAAGAUGCUAGUACAUUAUUAGGUUUAGUCAAAUUACCAUUACUUUCACCUGCGUUUAUAGCUGACAAUAUUGAGAGUAACGAAAUGUUCAAAGACCAAAGAAUGGCGCAGGAAUUAGUAAUGGAAGCAUUAAAGUAUCAUUUACUGCCUGAGCGAAGACCUUUACUUCAAACGGGCAGAACAAAACCCAGAAAAGCCACUGUGGGAACACUAUUAGUUGUUGGAGGAAUGGACGCCAAUAAAGGUGCGACGUCUAUAGAUGCAUUUUCAUUGCGUGAUAACUCCUGGAGAUCUUUAGCUGCCAUGAGCAGUAGAAGAUUACAAUUUGGCGCAGUAGUAGUCGAUAAAAAAUUGAUUGUUGCGGGCGGUAGAGACGGUUUAAAGACAUUAAACACGGUAGAAUGUUUCGAUUUCUCCACCCUUACAUGGAGCACUCUACCACCUAUGAACGUGCACCGUCAUGGAUUAGGAGUGGCAGUCUUGGGUGGACCUUUAUAUGCUGUGGGUGGUCAUGAUGGUUGGAGUUUUCUCGAUGCAGUAGAGAGAUGGGAUCCAGCAACGCGUCAGUGGAGUUCGAUAUGCCCUAUGUCCAUACAAAGGUCUACAGUUGGUGUGGCUGUGUUAAAUGAUAAAUUAUAUGCUGUAGGAGGAAGAGAUAUCAGUUCCUGUUUAAAUACUGUAGAAUGUUACGAUCCGCAUACAAACAAGUGGACACCGUGCGCGCCUAUGUCAAAGAGGCGCGGCGGUGUAGGCGUAGGAGUGGUAAAUGGUUGUCUUUAUGCACUCGGUGGUCACGACGCUCCGGCUAGUAAUCCCAAUGCUAGCAGAUUUGACUGUGUAGAAAGGUAUGAUCCUAAAACUGAUACAUGGACUAUGGUUGCGCCAAUGAGUGUGCCCCGAGAUGCGAUCGGUGUUUGCGUGUUAGGUGACCGACUUAUGGCUGUGGGAGGAUAUGAUGGUCAGCAAUAUCUCACAUUAGUGGAAGCCUAUGAUCCACAUCUCAACGAAUGGGAACCUGUUGCUCCUCUUAAGGCUGGUCGUGCGGGUCCCUGCGUUGUUGUAAAAAAUUUAACCAAUAAUAUAUAGAUUAUUCUUACUAAACAAACAGUAAUUGGACUUGCUAUUAUGCAGUUUGUAUUUGUAAUUGCACACGAUUUAAGUGUUUCAGAAAUAUAACAGAAUCUGCUCUCUUGUGAUAUUGCAUGCAUGUUAAAUUAAUUGUACUGUUAUUUUUCUGAAACAGUUUUAGAUAAUUUUGUAUUAAAAUGAGUAUUAUAUUUCUUUUUAGUAUGUAGGUACUUUUAUAGGACUUUUACAUGUUUUCGUACUGAGAAAAUUUCAAUCAUUGUAAUCACUAAACAUUAUUUUAGCACUUAUUUGUACAUAAUAUUUCAAUUUUAUCUCAAUUUUCAAUGAACUUAAUAAUUUUUUCAAUGAACUUUAAUAAUUUUACUAUUGACAAUGUGGUAAAUUGUAUUUAUUAUCAUAUUAAUCUAGAAUAUAUAAGUACAAAAAUUUCCAAUAUAUAUAUAAACAUGGAUAAAAAAUCAUAUGUAAUAAAUUGUGAAUCCAUUUUUUCUAAGAAUGAGUGAUAUAAAUCCAAACUGGAAAAAAAUUGGAAAAAAUAAAUAUUAUAGAUAUAAACACUUCGAAUAAUUAUGAUAUUUGUGUGUAAAAUUACCCUGACAACUUUGUAAAAAUCACCGUAA